CAUACACUUAUAGCUAUAAGCGUAUAUACGAAGAAAGUCGAUCAUACAAGAAAAAAAUAUGGCUAAAUGGUGUCUCAUGUUACUAGUCGUUCUAGCAGUAGCAACACAAGUUACUAUUGCUAGAGACAUUCCUAGCAGUGAGACCAACAACAAAGGUACUGUUGUUGGCAAAGGUACUGUUGUUGGUCUCACUGACCAAAAGAACGUGUUUACUUUUGGUGGACUAGGUGGCUUUUCCGGCCUUGAUAACCAGGGUCAACCCAUUGGUGGGGGUGGCAUUGGAGCAGGCAUUGGCUCUGACCAUGGAAUCGGAGGUGUGGGUGCUGGUUAUGGAUAUGGUGGACCUGGUGCUGCAACCGGUGGUAUUGGAACUAUUGGAGGGCUUGCUAAUGGUUUUGCUGGCCUACCGGCUCUCGGAGGUGGUGGAAUUGGUGGUGGCGGACCUGGUGCAGGUGACGUUGGUGCAGUUCCAUUCCCUUGAAAAUCGUUGUAGUAACCAUAGCUACGUACGAAUGAGUCCUAGUUUGUGUUUGAUAGUGCAUUGUAUUGUUUGUUACAUUAUGAACUAUGUUUUGUGGUUUCUACCUAAAGAGAGAUUGUUGCUCUUAUGUUAUGUGGUUAUUUAUGUCAUUUGGUAUAAUGUACUUGUGUACUCUUAUAGAGAUAACUAAAUAUAGUUUGUUAUUCUAAUUCUAA